AUGGAACCAAAUUAUGUUGUUGAAACGGAAGGAGACGAAGAGAUUCUUUAUCACUAUGAUGUGGUUAUCGUUGGAUACGGCCCGAACGGUGCUACCUUAGCCAACAUACUUGGAAAGGCAGGUAUCAAGACACUGGUAAUCGAAUCCAAUCAUGAACCAUAUUCUAUUCCUAGAGCUGCUCACAUGGAUGAUGAAGCCCUAAGAAUACUUCAAUACAUUGGAUUAGAUCAAGAUAUAAUAAAGCAAUCAUAUGAAUUACCUGUAAAAUUUAAUAGGAGAUAUGAUGACGGAACCAUUUUAAUAAUUGAACCAAUGAAAACUCAGUUGGGACAUCCUCGGUCGAUCUUUUGGCAUCAACCAACUUUUGAAACAAUCCUAAGAAAAGGUGUAGGAAGAUUCGAUUGUGUCGAUGUCUGGUUGGCUCACAAGGUGAUGAGAAAUUACUAUAUCAAUGAUUCCGACGACACUGUCUAUCUCGAUGUUUUGAAUAUGAAAACCGGUGAAGAGAAAACCAUAUGGUCACGUUUCUUGAUUGGAGCAGAUGGAGCAAGUAGCCCGACGAGAAAAUCAAUGGGUUCAAACUUUUCUGGUACUUCCGGUGACGAUAAAUGGUUGGCAAUUGAUUUGAUCCUAAACCAAGAUCACCCAAAGCUACCACAUUUCUUCCAGUUCAUGUGCAAACCUGAGAGACCUGCUGUUGGAUUCCCCAAACCAGAUAACCAUUUCCGUUAUGAAUUUCUACUCUCUGGCGACGAAGAAGAUUAUAUCACUGAGACCAAACAUGUAGAUGAGCUGCUGGUCAAUCAUGGAGCGGAUCCCAAUCGUCUAACUAUCAUUCGUAACUCUGUCUUUACUUUUCACACAAGAAUUGCUGAUCGAUGGUAUGACAAUCGUGCAAUGAUGUUGGUUGGUGACGCUUGCCAUUCUCUCCCGCCAUUCCUCGGUCUUGGAAUCAGUAGUGGACUCCGCGACAGUUUGAAUUUGGCUUGGAAAUUAAAGUUGAUUCUCCUCCUUAAUGAAAAGAAUAACAUUAGCGAUGAACACACAAAAAAGAUUCUCAAUACCUACAUGCAGGAGCGAAGACCGGAUUUGGAGUUGAUUGCUCAAAAUACAACAGGUGCAGGUGGUGUAAUUAUGUCGAGAUCCAAGAUAUUUUCCAGAGUCAGAGAUAUGCUUCUCAUUCUACUGGUAUCGAUUCCAGCGGUUGUAAGGUUUAUCAAAGCCGAUGGAAUGAAGCCAAGAGCAAGAGCAGAUUCCUUCUUGAUCGAUCUCCAGUGUAGACCAAGCUUUAUAAUGAGUUUCGUUCCACAGUUCCUCAGACCGUUGAGUGUCAACCGAAAAGAAAGAGUUGGAUUACCAUUAAUUCAACCGGAGAUAAGAAUGAACCAAAAAACAUUGUUACUCGAUGAUGCAAUUGGAUAUAGAUUCUCGUUGUUACUGUUCAAUUUCUCGCUCUCCAGUCAACAGGAUAUUGAAGCAUUGGCAAAGUUACAAUUGAAUUCAGAGUAUUGCAAAUUACUCAAUGCCAAGGCUUUCCAAAUUUUAAGAGUGAACGAAACCAUCGAUUUUGAGGCAGUAACAGAAACACAUAAUUCUUCUGGAAUAUUCAAAAGUAAUGAGACUUAUAGUGAUAUGGAAAGACCACCACCUCAAUUGUUUGGAGACCUUUUUUCCUUAAUGUUCAAUUGCUUUUGGUUUAUACUCAUUUUGAAUAUAUUUUCAAUAGGUUCACAAUAUUUUGAAAUUACACCGAAACAAUCAAUUGUCGCUUCUAUAUUGGUAGUAAUAAAUGCAGCUAUUAUUCUUACACUCCAUAUAGUAACUAUUGUCAAUAUUAUAACUCUACCCAAUUCCUUUAGAAAAAGUUAUAAUUGUCAUUCAAAAUGGUGUGCCAGUUUGGCUGGGAAACAAGAUAGAGAUGAAUGGGGACCAAGAGUUGGACUUUACUUCUGCUUUGUGUGCUUUGUUUGUUCUUUAGUUUGCCUUAUCCUCGCAAUAGUCAGAGUCGGAAUGUGCAUAAAAUACAUGAAUAGAAUUCAAAAGGAAUCAUCAGUACCACUUAAACCAAUACUACCAAAAAAAUCAAAACAAGUAGAACCAACUUUAACUAAUCUUCAAAUUAAUGAUCAUGAAGCUCAAAUAAUCAUUUUUAAAAUAUUUAAUAAUAUUCAAUUUAAAUAA